AUGGCGCCUAAUUUACGCGAGUUGGAAAAGCAGCAGAGUCACCUGCGGAGAACCCUAGAAGCCAUUCAGCAGUUUGUGAAUGCGUACGAUGCAACGAGAGAUGCUGACCAGAUCGACGUCCGUCUAGAACUCUUGGACGAGACGUUCAACCAGUUCCGUUUUGUGCGAAUCAAGAUUGAGCUGCUGACCGAAGAAGAUGACUUGGAUGUGGAAGUGGUGGAAGGUGAAACAGAAGAAGAACGUGCGGAGAGGGAGGCUGAUGCGAAUAAGAAGCGGAAGGAGAAGAACGUGAAGGUACUGAUGGAAGCUGAAGAUUUCUACUGUGCUGUGAAGGCGAAGCUGAACAAGAAGCGCGGUCCGCUGGAGACCGUCCCACCGGUCCUCGUGCCAUCUGCUGUUGAUGCGAGGCCUGCUGUUGGUCUGUCUCAUGUCAAACUUCCGGACAUCAACCUACCGAUUUAUACUGGUGAGCUGAGUGAGUGGAUCGUUUUCCGUGACACGUAUCGUAGCUUGAUUCACAACAACGCCCAGCUGUCGGAUUUUGACAAGUUUACGUAUCUACGCUCGUCGCUGCUCGGUGAAGCGCUUCUGGAGAUCGCUGGCAUCGACGUUUCAGCCGUUAACUACGAUGUGGCCUGGACAACCCUGGAGCAACGCUACGACAACAAGAAGCUGAUCGUCAAGGCUCAUCUAGAUGCGUUGAUUGCGGUGGAAUCUAUGAAGCAGGAGAGCUACGCGGCGCUGAAUCAGCUUAUCGGAUCGUUCGACAAGCACCUGAUGAUGCUGAAGAAGAUUGGGCAGGACACGGAUAUCUGGAGUACUCUGCUGGUACACAUGGUGUGCUCGCGCUUAGAUGGCAACACGCUGCGUCUUUGGGAAACUCAUCAUAAAUCCAAAGAAGUUCCAAAGUUCCAAGAUCAGAUGAAGUACUUGCGCGGUCAUUGCUUAGUACUGCAAUCGGUUGCGCCAUCCAAGCCCAAUGCUGAAGAGGAGAAACAACGACGUCUGUCAGUGAGUCAUGCGGUGACUCACUCGGUGAACAAGUGCCCAUUCUGUAAUGAACUGUUUCAUUCACCUUUUCACUGUCUGCUGUUCCUGAAGAAAACCGUCGAUGAAAGAAUGGAAGCUGCUAGGAGACGGAAUCUGUGCCUGAACUGCUUGCGUGCUGGACACUCUACUCGGUCCUGCACGAGAGGAUCGUGUCAUCACUGUCAUCAGUACCAUAACUCACUGUUGCACAUCAACGCUGUACCAGAGAGACCCUCCGCCUCGCAAGCACUGACCAGACCAACACCUGAGCAGCAGCAGUAUCAACAACAGCAGCCGCAGUAUCAGUCAAUGGGCCAGCAGCAACCACAAAUCCAACCUUCAAUACAGAACCAGUCUUCAAACACUGCUCAGUCGAACACACACUCACAGAACACUCAGCAACUGUCCACCACAGAACAAUGCACAAACCACAAUACUACAACACUGUCAAUCAGUUCCCACAACCAUUACCUGACCGUACUCGGAAUUGGCGGGUCGUCUGUCGUCUCACGGCAGCUAGUAUCAGCGAACGUACAACCCCGUUCGUCCGCUCUGCCGCAGUUUAACCGCGAGAUGGAUUUUUACGUGCUUCCGGAGUUGACAUCCGCUUUGCCAAAUCAGAACAUCAACACUACUGCGUGGGAGUUUCCGAACAACAUCAUCCUAGCUGACCCACACUUCAACGAACCUGGAGAAGUGGAGCUGAUCAUCGGUGCUGAACAUUAUUUCGAUCUCUUGCGAGAUGGUCGAUCACGCAUCGCCGAGGAUGGCCCUGUGCUGCAGAAUACUGUUUUCGGUUGGAUCGUUUCAGGACGUGUACCAAGCAGAUCAACAAGCGCAAACGUUACAGUCGCGCAGCUGAACUCCGCACCUACCAACCGUAGCGACUCCGUGCCUUGGCGGCCGGCGUGCCGACCGGGACACCCUCAAGAACUUGAUGCCUGCUCAACGUUCGGCUGCACGUCAAAGCAUUGCAACCGGAUCCGUGGAACUGCUGAGAACAAACUGUCGAUAUUAAGCAGUGCGCACAACUGUGCGUAA